AUUCCAAUUUAUGAGAAGAGGCAUUGAGGAGGUUAUGACUUCGAAAAGUUCAGUUUCUGCUUCAGAGUCUUUAGAAGAAGAGCGAGACGUAGAAGAUAUGAUUGACAGUUCCAUAUGUGCUCAGGUUUACCGCAAACUAGAAGAUUGUCUUGCUGAUAACGACCGUAACUGGUCAGCUUGUCAAGAACAAGUCAAGGCCCUUAAAGAAUGUUAUAAAAAGACAACUUUGAGGUCUCCAAAAGUUGACAAGUAAGACUGGUGAUAUAUUUUUUUACGAAGAGAAAGUUUUUGUAAAAUAUUUUGGAACUUGUAAGAUAUGCUAUUCUUUGUUGUGG